AUGGAACCUAAUUUCUACCCAGUUGUAAAGGAAGAAUACCCUUCUAACAAGCAAUCUGUGAUUAUAAAUAUGCCGCAACCAAUGGAGGGUUUACACGAUGCCGGACCUCCACCUUUCUUGACAAAAAUAUACGACAUGGUGGAUGAUCGAAGUAUGGAUCACAUUGUUUCUUGGAGUAGAGGAGGUCAAAGCUUUGUUGUAUGGGACCCACAUGCUUUCUCUGUUAAUCUCCUUCCAAGAUACUUCAAGCACAACAAUUUCUCCAGUUUUGUUAGACAGCUCAAUACUUAUGGUUUUAGAAAGAUAGAUCCUGAUGUAUGGGAGUUUGCGAAUGAAGGAUUUUUGAGGGGGAAUAGGGAGAAUUUGAAGAACAUUAAAAGAAGAAAGACGCAUUCACAACAAGCUACAAAUCAACCUUGUGUGGAAAUUGGAAAUUUUGGAAUGGAUGAUGAAAUCAAACAUCUGAGACGUGACAAACAGAUUUUAAUGAUGGAAUUAGUGAGGCUGAAACAACAACAGCAAAAUACCAGGGCCCACCUUCAAGCCAUGGAAAUGAGAUUACAAGGAACAGAAAAGAAACAGCAAAAGAUGAUGAGUUUUUUAGCAAAAGCAAUGCAAAAUCCCGAUUUUGUCCAGAAAUUGGUGCACCAUGGGAAAAGGAAAGGUGUUGAAGAAUGUAGUAUUAUGAACAAAAAGAGACAAAUGAUUGACCAUGGUGAAGGGUCAAAGGUAAUUAAAGAUGAACCAGAAGAGUGGGAAAUGUCUGAAUUAGAUGCACUUGCUUUAGAAAUGCAGGGAAUUUGUAGAUCCAAAAGUAAUAUUAAUCAAGAGGAAGUAACUAAUUAUGAUCUUGAUGAUAAAGAUCUUGAUGAAGAAUUCUGGGAAGAAUUGUUUACUGAACAAUUUGGUAUGAUCGAAAAUGAAGCUAGGUACUGA